UAAGUUCUCUACCACCUCCACCAAAUAAGUUUAGUUACAUCGUACAUCUGGAUGUGUGAUGAAUAAACUCGUGUAUAUAUCAACCUAACCUCUACGGCUAGACGUCAGUUUCGCGGAUUGUUCUUCCCCCCUUGGUCCUCCCUUCCAAACGAUAGAAGACCAAAGACUUACAACUAGCUGAUAAAACUACAAUCUUGGACAAAGUCUUCUCUUUCCCAUUGACUUCUUCCUCUUAAAUAUACUUCUUUCAUCUACUUCUGUAUUCUGUCCCUCCAUUUUGACCAUUCAACUUUAUAUCAAACCAAAUCCAACCCUCUCUUACAUCUUUAUAUCAAAUCCCUCAAAAAAAAAAAAAAAAUCCUAACCCAAAAUAUUUUUUUUUUUUUUAAAAAACCAAAAUGAACAAUUUAAUAUCCAGUUCAUUCACCCGAUUCCGGGAAAACUCCGGCGACAUAGAAAUGGGGGGCCCACCUACCCCAAGCCCAAACCCCGGAGUAAAUCUCGACAAAUUCUUCGACGAUGUCGAAACAAUUAAAGAUGACUUAAAAGAAAUCGAAGACCAACAAAAGAAACUAAGAGCGGCCCAUGAAGAGUCCAAGACGGCCCAUACUGCGGCCUCAGUUAAGGAACUUCGGGCCAGAAUGGACCGUGAUGUGGGCCUUGCUUUGAAAAAGGCUAAGAUGAUUAAAGUCCGAUUAGAGGCCCUAGAUAGGUCCAACGCGGCGAAUAGGAACCUGCCCGGAUGUGGUCCGGGUAGUUCGGCUGACCGGACGAGGACGUCGGUGGUAAAUGGUUUGAGGAAGAAGUUGAAGGAGAAGAUGGAUGAGUUUCAAGAGUUGAGAGAGAAGAUAAAUGGUGAAUAUAGAGAGACUGUUGAGAGAAGGUUUUUUACUGUUACGGGUGAAAAUCCUGAUGAGAGGACUGUUGAUUUGUUGAUUAGUACGGGUGAAAGUGAGAGUUUCUUGCAAAAGGCUAUUCAACAGCAGGGAAGGGGACAAGUACUAGAUACAAUUGCUGAGAUCCAAGAGAGGCAUGACGCUGUGAAAGACAUCGAAAGGAACCUCGUGGAAUUACACCAGACAUUUCUUGACAUGGCAGUGUCGGUUCAGUUUCAAGGUGAACAGUUGGAUGACAUCCAGGCUAAUGUUGGUAGAGCUUCCUCCUUUGUCAGGGGAGGAACUGAGCAACUGUAUGUUGCUAGAAAACACCAGAAAAAUACCCGAAAAUGGACUUGCUUUGCCAUUAUUCUGCUACUCGUCAUGAUACUGGUUGUCGUUCUCUCUUUACAGCCAUGGAAAAAAUAGUAAUUUGCUCAUCAUUCUGUGCUCUUGGGUCAUUAGCUGAAGGAUGAUAAGAUAUUGAAAGCGAUCUCAGACACUCUGUUGCUAUACCAUGUCUUCGCUUCAUUGUAAUUUUGUUGCCAUAUCUUUCUUUGUGAUUAAGAAUUGUGGGAGCUGGAUUUGAUCAGGCAUGAAGUCAGUCUUUAUUCUAAGAUGAGGAGAAAAAGCGAACUAGAUUUUGGGGGUAGUUCCUCUGUUAGGCUCAGCUUGGAUGUUAUUUAUUUGAUCAUCAACUUCUGUAAAUACGAUUAUUGAUAUUCAGUAUAUGUGCUGUACAUUGAUUUGGUUCAA